GCGGUUUAAUCAGUGACCGGAUAGUGCAGGAACGAUGACUCGCCUGAACUCGGAGCGGAUAUUGAAGGAAAAGAAUACCGGCGAUCCCAAUUCCAUUUCCACCCUUCACCUCAAUCAUAAAGCUCUUUCCGAUGUAUCAAUAUUGGUCGACUUCAAGAACUUGGAAAAGCUUGACCUUAAGCUUAACAACCUAACUUCCCUUGAGGGGUUGAGGUCUUGUGUUAAUUUGAAGUGGUUAUCCGUCGUGGAAAACAAAUUAGAAAGCUUAGAAGGAAUUCAAGGACUUACCAAGCUCACUGUAUUAAAUGCAGGAAAAAAUAAGCUUAAAUCUAUGGAUCAGGUUAGGUCUCUUGUUAGCCUCAGAGCAGUGAUUUUGAAUGAUAAUGAGAUUCUCUCCAUUUGCAAACUUGAUCAGAUGAAAAACUUGAACACUCUUGUUCUUUCCAAAAAUCCUAUCCGUAAACUUGGUGAUGCUCUUAUGAAGGUGAAAUCUAUAUCUAAGCUUUCUCUCUCUUAUUGCCAGCUUCAGACUAUUGACUCCUCACUCAAGUCUUGUGUUGAGCUGAAAGAGCUCCGCCUUGCUCACAAUGAGAUCAAGAGUCUUCCAGAUGAAUUAGCUCAUAAUUCUAAGCUUCUGAAUUUGGAUUUGGGGAAUAAUGUGCUCAUGAGAUACUCAGAUAUAAAGGUGCUCAGAUUCCUGGUGAAUCUGAGAAAUCUCAAUCUUCUUGGAAAUCCCAUUGCUGGAAAUGAUAAAAUAGCAAGAAAGAUUAAAAAAGCAUUGCCAAAAUUACAGAUAUACAAUGCUAGACCAGUAGAUAAACUUACCAAGAAUGAGAACAGAGACAGGGUUGAUGGAGGAGAUUUUUUGGCAGAUUCUGAAGGUGAAAAGGAUAGAAAUACUAGUGCCUUUGAAAAGAAGGAUGUGAAACAUCAUCAGAUCGAAGGUGAGGAUGAUCGUUUUGAAACCACAGGAAGGAAAUCAAGUAAGAAAAGGAAGAAAACUGUUGAUGUUGUCUCCAAGAAGCAUGUCACGUUACUUGAUGAAAAUAUGGUUCAGAAUAAGGAUAGGAAACAUAAAAAUCCUGCCAUAGAGGGAAAGAAUGCCGGUCCCAUAGACGCUGUUAAAAAUGACAGAGAGAAAAAGUCUAUUAAGAAAAAGCUAAGAAUCAAUGACAAGCCCCAAGAAGAGGGUGUGGCUUUUGAGGAGAAUAUUACUAAGGUUGAUAAGAAACAGAAGAGAUCAAAGAAUAGGAAACAAAGUGAAAUUGAUGUCAUCGAUGACGCUGAAGCUUCAUUUGUGGAUCUUUUUAACGUCAAUGAUGAAGAUCUAGAACAUGGUGGCCAAAUAGAAGUUGUUGAAAAAGUACUGAAAGAUGUGAAUUUUGUGGGUGACACGGUUCCCUCUGUGUGCAAGCGCAAGAGCUCUAAAAAGCGAAAUGUGGAGCCGCCAUCUUACCCAAUAUCUGAAAUUGGAAUGGGAGGGCCAUCAACUUGGGGUGAUGAGUAAUUAUCCGGAAUUAUGCUGAUUCUUCAAGAUGAAGAGUUGAAGACUAAAUAGAAGUUAUGUUCUGUUAGUCUUCCCAUUGCAUUCCCCUUUGAUCUUGAUGAAUUCACUAGUUAGUUUAUGAUAUUAAGUAUCUGGUCAUUUUGCCAUGCUUUUACAAGGCUAGUGGAUUGUUAUGUUCCUAUAGAGUCAAAUUCUGAUCCUGGUAUCAAAUCCAAGGGCAAUAAUGAUGGGAGCCCACUGAAACAAUGAGGUUCUUGGAACACAUGAACCAAAUUUAAAUUUUAGUUUCCCAUGUUGUUCAAUAUACAUUGUUAAAAUGACCGGUUAAAGUAGUUUUCUUUUGUCAAUGUAAAGGGCAAAAUUGAUACUUGAGAUUUCAAGUGAUUGUAAACGGAUCUCCAUGAUUUAUUUGCUCACAUUAAACGUUUUUAUGGUUGAAA